AUGCCUCGACCAGAACCAAGAAAAAUCUCGUUCAACGUAUCAGACCACUAUCAAAUAUUGGAAGUAGUCGGAGAAGGCGCGUAUGGUAUUGUGUGUUCGGCUAUUCACAAACCUUCGGGACAAAAAGUAGCUAUAAAGAAAAUCAUUCCAUUCGACAAAUCCAUGUUUUGUUUAAGAACUCUACGAGAGAUAAAACUGCUUCGACAUUUCAACCACGAAAACAUUAUUUCUAUUCUGGACAUUCAAAAGCCACCUGCAUAUGAUCCCUUUCAAGAAGUUUAUCUGAUCCAAGAGCUCAUGGAAACUGAUAUGUACCGAGUCAUUGGUUCUCAGACCUUGUCGGAUGACCACUGUCAGUACUUUAUCUACCAGACUCUACGUGCUCUCAAAGCUAUGCAUUCUGCCAAUGUACUACAUCGAGACCUGAAGCCCUCUAACCUUCUUCUCAACGCCAACUGCGACUUGAAAGUAUGUGAUUUCGGACUCGCUCGUUCUGCUGCGUCCACUGACGAUAACUUCGGGUUCAUGACUGAGUAUGUUGCGACCCGUUGGUAUCGAGCUCCAGAGAUCAUGCUCACCUUCCAGGAAUACACAAAAGCAAUUGACAUGUGGUCAGUUGGCUGCAUUUUGGCAGAGAUGUUAAGCGGUCGCCCUCUCUUCCCCGGUAAAGAUUACCAUCACCAGCUGAUGCUCAUAUUGGAUGUCCUAGGUACACCUACCAUGGAAGACUACUAUGCCGUGAAAUCGCGACGUGCUCGAGAAUACAUCCGCUCACUGCCAUUCAAGAAGAAGACGCCAUUCCGAGCACUGUUCCCCAAUGCCAACCUGCUAGCAGUAGAUUUGCUCGACAAAAUGCUCGCAUUCAACCCCUCAAAGAGAAUCACAGUCGAAGAAGCUCUCAAGCACCCCUACCUAGAACAGUACCACGACCCGGACGACGAGCCCACUGCUACACCUAUCCCGCAGGAGUUCUUCGACUUCGACAGGAAAAAAGACGAGCUGACCACCGAGGAACUCAAACGCAUGAUCUACGACGAGAUCAUGCGACCCAUCGAUCCCCGUCCCAAUUAA